AUGGGUAAAGUUCACGGAUCUCUUGCCCGUGCCGGCAAGGUCAAGUCUCAGACCCCAAAGGUCGAACCUCAAGAGAAGAAGAAGACUCCCAAGGGACGGGCGAAGAAGAGAAUCACAUACACCCGACGAUUCGUCAACGUGACGAUGACUGGUGGCAAGAGAAAGGUAGGACAUGUCGCAUUCAACCGUAUUGCUGCACGGAAAAUCUACACAGAUGCUUACCAAAAAUUCGCAGAUGAACCCUAA